AAUUCUGGCAUGUUUAAACAAUUACUUCCUUACAAGACAAGCCCAAGAGGAAGAGAGAUGAUCCUCAGUUACGAUGCUGCUUUCCUAACAUGAGGGGGAUCACGGUGUCCCUCCUCUGCUUAUUGAUGCACCUGCUUCAAGAAGAGACAACUACAAUUCUAGUUUCGGAAAGUCAAGACCUGCAAGAGUCGAUUAAACCGCGGCAGGUCGAGUUUCGUUCGUUAAACUUCCACAACACUUUGAGCUGGCUGCCCGGGAGGGCCGGCGAGACACGAGACACUCUCUACUUCGUGCAGUAUAAAGUGUAUGGGCAGCGCACGUGGCAGAACAAAGAGGACUGCUGGGGGAUUCAAAAGCAUUUUUGUGACCUAACGAAUGAGACUUCAAACAUCCAAGAGCCUUAUUAUGGCAGAGUAAAAGCUGCUUCAGCUGGAGUCCACUCUGACUGGAAUCUCAGCUGCAGAUUCACUCCAUGGCAAGAAACUAUGAUAGGACCUCCAUCGGUAAAUGUGGUUCGCAGAAAGAAAUCCAUAAUUCUAAAGCUCCAGGCUCCACGUUCCCCUUAUAAAAGGAAGACAGGCAGCAGCAUACCAAUGACUAAUUAUUAUGAUCUCCUAUAUCAAGUCUUCAUAAUUAACAAUUUGUUGGAUGAGAAACACAGCACCCUGGUUUAUGAAGGAGCAGACAAGGUCAUUACAAUAGAAGAUUUGAGGCCUGGCGUCAGCUACUGCAUCAGGGCAAAAACUUACGUGCCGCUGCUGUCCCGCAGUAGUGCGUACAGCCGGCGGCACUGCACGGUGCUGCUGUGA